AAGCGGUCUCUGCUGCCCUCCUCUGGCAAAAUGUAAGUAUUGACAUCAUUUCUGCUGCUCGAUCAAGUCGUAUUUAAUCUCGCUUAAAAGCGUUCUGUUCAGUCAUUUUAAUAAAACUGUAAACCAAACUAAACACACUUUGAAAUAAUAAUCCCUGAUUGACUUUUAAGCUAGAUUUAGCUCUUUUCUUGGUAAAAAGAAUAAGACCGUAGCCACAGCAGCCCGCGGGACGCCGCAGGAGUCUGAUUACCCUUCACAUCACACAGGCACCUCGUUGCAACACGAGACCGUUGGUCCCCGAGAGCUCAUCCAAACCAUGUCGGUGCCGCAGAUGCGAGAGGCAUCAUCUUCCCUCCAGCUAUGCAGGAUCAUGCGGCCAGAUGAUGCCAACAUCAUGGGGAAUGUUCAUGGUGGCAACAUCCUCAAGAUGAUCGAGGAAGCUGGAGGCAUUGUCAGCACCCGACACUGUAACACUCAAAAUGGAGACCGCUGUUUGGCAGCUUUGGUUCGGGUGGAGAAGACAGAGUUCUUGUUUCCCGUGUUCAUCGGCGAAGUUGUCCACGUGUCUGCUGAGAUCACUUACACCUCCAAGCACUCGCUGGAGGUUCAGGUCAAAGUCAUGGCUGAGAAUAUCCUCACAGGUGCAAAGAAACUGACCAACAAGGCAGCUCUGUGGUACGUCCCCUGCUCUCUGCAGAAUGUUGACAAGAUUAUGGAAGUGCCUCCCAUCAAGUACACUAGUGCACAAGAAGAAGAAGAAGGCAAAAAGCGCUAUGAAGCCCAGAAAACUGAGCGAAUGGAGACCAAAGACAGAAUUGAAGCGGUGAUGCCACCUACAUCGAACGCAGAGGACACACCUAAAGAACGGCACACAGUUGGCUUCAGCCAGUCCAGUCUGAUCCAUUUGGUGGGCCCUUCAGACUGCACACUACAUGAUUAUGUCCAUGGCGGUACAACCAUGAAGCUAAUGGAUGAAGUUGCUGGCAUUGUGGCAGCGCGGCACUGCAACACCAAGAUUGUCACUGCUUCUGUUGAUGCUGUUAACUUCCAUCACAAGAUCAAGAAAGGCUGUGUGGUGACAGUGACGGGACGGCUCACCUUUGUCAGUAACAAAUCGAUGGAAAUUGAAGUGUUGGUAGAUGCGGCUUCACUGUUAGAAGAAAAAAGGAAAUAUCGGGCCGUCUCAGCAUUCUUCACCUUCAUCUCGCUGGACAAAGACAAUAAGCCUCUGCCUGUUCCUCCUCUAAAGAUCGAAGGCGAGGAUGAGCAGAAACGUUUCGAUGAGGGCAAAGCACGCUACCUCCAUAAUAAAGCAAAGAGACUGGCAGAUAAGGAACGGCAGCCGUGAUGCUGUGGUUGACCAGAAUCACCUGCAACAACCUUGUAUUAACUCUAUACAAUAUAUACAGAAUGAAGGAAUUAAAACCGUCUUCUGCUCUGUGAUGUAGCCUCCUGUUGAGCCUGAACCUGUGAUUAUUUUUCUUCCUGCAGUGCUUCAUGCCAGUAUAUUCAGUUCCAGUUUCUGAAGUAUUUAUGUAAGAGUAUAUAUUUUGUUUAUGGGAGAAUUUUAUUAUUGUAUGAAAACUAUUCCUGAUCACUAUCAGCAAGAAGUGACAGUCUGACUGACUGUUGAGGUAAGAGUACUGGUUUGUUUGCACGACCCCUUUAACUAUAAAGACUGAGGGGUGAUGUCAGUGCAAAGUGAUACUCUGAGUGCAAGUGAAAUGAUGAAUAAGGGAGUGAAUAAUAAUAAAUAAAAGAUCCAAUCGUGAGUCUAAGGCUCUCACCUCUUGUCCUUGCUAGUUUACUGAUGAUGUCAUUGUCUUAGGCAUGUCUUGGCAGAGAGGGCACUCGCUAUCCAUCUUUUCAGCACUGUGUCUUUCACAGAGAAAUCAGGCGUGCUUGGGGGGUUUUGACUCAACUAGCAUCUCUCCCACAUCCCUGCCCCCUCCUUCCUCUACACUCUGCUCCUCCUCUGCAUGUCUGUCACUCUUUCUCUAGCCUGUGUUAUGUUCUCCUCCAUGUCCAUUUCUUUACCAUGUUGCCAUCUUGCUCAUUCAGUCUAUUAGUUACUUUGUAUUUUCCUCUCUUUUGUCAUCUACCUUCCUUGAUGAGAAGAGAUGUGAUGAUUACUCGCUGCCAGAUAAAUAAAACAGAGCUAGGAAAUAAAAUCAAUAUCUGGCUUUGUGCAUGCUUGCACAAGGUAAGAUAAGAACAAUGAAUCGGGCAAGUAGGAUUUCAAUAUCCAUAUGGCCACGUGAAGACUGAAAGAUGUGAUUAUUAUCUUGCCAUAACAAAUGACUGACUGUGAGUCAUUUGAGUCUGACACUCUUACUAAAGCCUUGGUUGUGAGGAGUGGGAAGCCUUCACUGUUGUGCAGCACAUGGCAAGAACUAAUUUGAGAUCAAAAGCAAAGUGAAUGAGCUGAAUGAAAACUACCAGCACCCCUGUAAAAUACCUCUUUUUUUUUAAGGAGGGGGGCAUUUGCUCCCCUGUUGAAUGCUUUUCUUACAAAGACAGAAACGGGUUUGUCAUUGAAUCUUGAAGGUUAUUGUUUUCCCCUAUGUCCCCCAAGCGCAGUAUGUGUGCUUUUCAUUUCCCCCAUGAAAAUAAAGUUAGGCCUGAGCUGCACCGGGGGAUAUAUCUAUUUUUAAGCCCAGUGAAGUGGAGGCAUCUUGUGGGAGAAGGAGAGCACAGGGAGGAAGAACACAAUACGGGCAAGACAGGAUGCAUUUCAGAUGGUAAGACAUGACUUCUAAGAAAUUUGACCUCAUAAAAAUGUAUCUGCUUUCUGUACGACAUCCGCACUGACGUGCUUGGUUUUCCCUGUUUGGAAAACAUUUGGAAAUUGUGUCAAUUAUUAUCCUUUGCAAUGUUCAUUACUGUAAUCAUUCACUUCAGCUUGUGGCAGCAUGCUUGUAUAAUUAUAGACACAAUAUGGUAACCAUGGUUACUUGUGUGGAAGUUGGGCAAGAAAUAGAAGAGAUGGCAUUAUAAGAAAAAUGAACUUUUUCAGGUAGCAACAAAAAUACUGAGUGUUGCUUUAAACUGCAUCAUUAGAAGGUCAUAAAAUAAUCUUUGUGCGUGCAUGCACGACCUACAUUAUACACUUCAUACACUAAAGGCAGUGACCCCAGAAGAAAGCUACACAUUAAGCUUUUCCUCAGAGAAUAAUAACGAAUGAAGGCAAAAUGCUGAUCUCAUAUUUCUGCUCAUUUCUUUGCAUCUAAAUCAGGGGAUGGCAGCACCCUCACUACUGUAGCAAUGUAUCGACUGACAAGGCAGCUUUUAUGAAUGAUACUCUCAUGCAACAAAAAAAGCUAUUAAUGACUCUGGGGGAAGGAUAAAUGAUGACAUGAGGUGGUGUUUAGAAAACUCCUGCCUACUUUCAUCAGCAAGUGACCUUUUUUGCAUUCUCUUCUAGUUUAGCUCAUCCCUCAACGAUGCCACAUAAGUCAUAUGUGUGGCAGCAGCGACUCUCCUUCCUCGAGACACAACACAGAGUUCAACUUGCAUGUGUAAAUAAUUCUGUCAAUGUUUUAGGAAAUGGUUCUGUUAAGUUUGCAUGUAGAAGCUGCUUAAAGACAAAAGCCUAACUGAAAAAAAAUGGUUAAACAAAAUCAAUUUAGCUGUUUUUUGGGGGGAAAAAAAAGUUGUUUUGUUUGUGCAUCCUGGAACACCUUCGCAGAACAGAGAAACUAGUCCUACAUUUAAUCUCCCCAUGUUAUCUGGGCUUGGAGCCAGCAGGGCUUCCCUUACAGAGUAGAGUAGGUGAUGGUCCACACUUUGUCUGGCCUGGAACCUCCCUUUUUUCUGCAACAGCAGACAGUACAGAGAGAACUGCUAAAUUUGGCUACCUUUAUCUGUAAGCUACACCAACUCCUCUGCACAGACAGGUGGCAACCCUAGAGGAUGUGAAAAAAAGACUGUAAAAGAGCCCAGCAGCAAUACACUCAAAACAGUCUUAAGUAUUAAAUAACUGCUAUGUCUGUGUGAUGUGACAUUGUGCAGUUGGCAGUGGGAGUGGGGGCUGCCUGGUACCCAUGGAGCCAGUGGGCAGGAAUGCCUUCUGUUACUUUUUAUUUCCAGGUCACCUAGCAUCCCACAAACUCAAGCUCUCUCCCCUUGUCCAGUUUUAAUGAUGCACUUAUAUAAAGUUUGUGUACUAAAAGGUUACGUAUCCCAUCUUACUCAGCAACAAAUAUUAAAAUGUUUCUUACACCAAUUCAAAUUACCAGGAAAACUAUUUCUUGUUCUGCUUGCAGCAUACAUCCACAGCUAAUUUAUGCCCAUUAUAGUUCUAGAAAUGGUUUACUUUGAGGAUCUGGCUGAUUUAAUAAAGCAGUUCAGACUCAUGUUACUCUGACAAUUAUAAACUUUGAAAAGUUUGAUGUAAAGGCGUAUGUGAGGCCCAGCACCCAUGGAGUUACACUGUGCAAAUGUAAUGCUCAGAAAUGAUUGCAUCAUUCCAUUAAAAUGUGUUUUAAUGAGAGUGUGUGUGGCUUCACAGAGACAACUUGUUUCCCUUUACGGCUCUUGGCUCUGUUCCGUGUUUCUUCUUCUCACACAACUGUUGGUUAGGCACACAGUCAUCUGUUCUCUGAAAUUGUUUCUAUCUUUUGAGUUUGUCUUUUCAUGGUUACUGUUAUUUACAUGUUUUAGAAAUUUUAACAAAAAUUUGGAAUUUAAUUUUUUGACAUAACAAAUCAUACCAUGAAGGUCACAAAAGCUAUUGUCUAACAAAAAAGGGAACAUUUAAAGCUUUUAAGGACUUGAAAAAUUGUGUAAUACUUUUAAAGAAACAAAAACAAUCAAUAAAAAAAAGUAAAAACAUUAGGUGAUUUAAAUUUAUUGCAUGUAGGCAAUGUACCAUCAAUUCUAAAUUAUUUUAAAACAAGAAAUGCAGCCGUCAAGAUAUUUUUUCUCUUUUAAGAAAAGGCUUGUUCAUCCUAGCUGUAGCCACGUCCAGACCCAAUCAAAUAUGUAUUGUACUGCAUGACCAUUCACUAUAUAUAAAUAAAUAAUUUAUUCUGAUGACAAUGUCCUUUUAUCCCUUCUUCGGGGCUCAAAGUAUGAACAUGGUCCUGCCUUAUCACAUUUUGUCAGCUGGUGCAAUGACAAAUAUCUUGACUUGAAUGUUUUAAAAAGACAUGAUCAAUGAUUUUAGACACAGCAAUAACAACUACAAAAUGAGUGUAUUCAUGGUGAAGAUGUCCAAAUUGAUGAUUCAUACAAAUAUCUUGGCACUGUUUUUGACUGUAAGCUAAUGUUUGUGUUAAUACUGGGUCUGUGGUCAAGAGAGGCCACCAGAGAAUCCAUCUGAUGAAGAGACUGAACUCUUUUCAUGUCAGUGAGACCAUUUUAAAGAACUUUUAUUGUUCAUUUGUUGAAAGCAUCUUAACAUUUUCCUGUAUCUAUUGGUUCAGUGGUUUAACUCUGAAGGAUAAGAACAGCCUGUACUCCAUUGUAAAAACUUGCUUUAAAGUUACUGGAAUCAGACAAAGAGACAAAGACAAAGUCUUCCCUCUGGGAGCUUCAGGUUAUUAAGAAAGCAAAGCCCAUCAUCAGUGAUGCUCACCAUGUGUUAUCCAAUGAAUUUGCAUUGAUGCUAUCAGGCCAGCGUUACCAUGCUCCUCAAAGGAGAACCAGUAGAUAUUCUACAUCUUUAUUCCUUCAGCGGUCAUGCUUAACUCUGACAGCAGUAAUUUUAACUGGCAUUUAUUCUGUCAUUGCUUUAUUUUAGCUGAGCUAACAAGUGUCUCAGCCUGUAUUGGUAUUUAUUGUUUUAUUGUUGAUUAUUUAU